UAGAUUUACACAGAGUUUACAUGCAUAUUCAUGUUAUAUCCCUUCUUGUUUCAUUAUAUAUUGAAUAGGAACGUCUGAAAGUCGUUUCCAGUUCAUUCUUACAAAAAUUUGUGCGAAUCUGUCGGUUCCAGGAUGGAAAACAACGAAAAUAACAGCGGAGAAUUGAACGACGAGAAGCCGAAAAUGUCAGUUCAAAAGUCUAAACUGAAAAUAAAGAGAUUUCGUCGGAAAGACGGUGAAAAGAAGAAGAAAAAGGAUCCCAAUACACCGAAACAUCCGCUAACAGGCUAUAUUCGCUACAUGAACGUUCGGCGUGAGGAAUUGAAGAAGGUCAAACCGGAAUCGACUGCUAUUGAGUUAACGAAAAUCAUCGGCGAGGAAUGGAAUGCACUGAGUGACGAUCUGAAAAAACCCUAUCUGGAAGCAGCUGAAUUGGACAAAGAACGAUACCACAAAGAGUAUGCCAUCUACGAAGCAAACAAGGCUGCCGACCAAUCAUCUCCAGAAAAACCCGAACAUUCCCCGAUCCACACCAAAACAAACGGCACAUCAACAAAAUCCGAAAAGAAACCGGACAAAAUCAAAUCUGAGAAAAAACCCGAUGAACCGGAGAAAGAAAAGCAGCCCGAAAAGCGGCAAGAAAAACUUCCACUCAAAGAACCGCCACCGAAACUGCCACGAAUCGGUGACUACGACAUUCCCAUUUUCACCGAAGAAUUCCUCGACCACAACAAAACGGUCGACACCGAGCUCCGCUUACUGCGGAAGUCGAACACCGACUACGAACAACAGAAUUCGGUGCUGGAAAAACAUGUCGAGAAUAUCCGCAACGGAAUCUCUAAAUUGGAGAGCGAAACGAACGCACUGAAGGAGAACAAUCAACUGCUCGAGACGUACAUCACGAAAUUACGAAUGAAAUUGACGACGGCACUGGCUGGACUGUCGAUACCCGGCGAAACGGAACCGUGCAAUCUCCAGAAUAUCGACCGGUACAUGACGAUACUCCAGCAAAUGGCCACGAAUUCACACGGUCCGGCUUCAUUGAAUAAAGCGAAAGACAUUGUACGAAAAUUGGAUCUUCAAAUUCCGUUGUGAGGUAACUCACCAGCAACAGUUGCGAAAUAAAAAUGUUUUUGAAUUUUA